AUGGCACGCUUACAAUCCGGAGCCGCUUUCUGCCUCGCUCUCUGGUGGUCCUCUGGCGUACAAGCUACCCAAAUCCACAACAAUCCAGUUGCCUGCGCUGUCGGCUGCCUCAACGAGUUCAAGGGCGAGUUCACAAGCCAGCACCAAGACCCGUACGUCGGAGGCUGUAUGGGUCCCUUCCCAAACGACAUUGCGUGCUGCAUCCUCAAGACAUGUCCCGAGGACCAGUGGCCGAUGUUUUGCGGCAAGGAUAAUUACAUGAAUGUUCCGGACAAGCAGAAGUGUUUUGCUUAG